GAAAAAUCAUAGAAUUUAGGAGUAAAAGUUUUCUUUAAAAAGGACAAAGAUUAUCAACCAAAAAUGGUUAGCAACAGUUUGGUUGUACCAGUUGUAUUGUGGGGUCCGUAUCAACCAACCCAUUGCGUAUCAAGUGUGUUUCUAUCGAAAGAUCAAAAAACACUAGCCACUGGAUGCUAUGAUGGACAAAUUUGUUUAUGGAAAGUCGAUCCUGAUACAUUGAAAAUGACCCCGAGAUGUUUGCUAGUUGGACACACAGCUCCAGUACUGUGUCUAGCUCCAGCCUCAAUCAUUCAGGACAAUAAUUUUCUUGUCAGUUCUUCAGAGAGCGGUGAAAUGUGUACAUGGGAUUUGGUUGAUGGAAAAUGUAAAGAGAGUGCGAAGCUGUCUCAGGUGCACACAAGUAUACAGGGCUAUCACAUGUCCAAUUGUGACGAUAUUCGACUGUUUUGCGUUGGUUAUUAUGCAGAAAUAAUGGUCAUGGAUCCAUUUAGUUUGGAAGUGAUUUUCUCUCUUAGCUCUAAAGUGAAACCGGAUUGGAUAUCGGCAAUUCACGUUUUGAGGCCAUCGAAACGAAAGGACGAUGUAGUUCUUGCCAUCACAACCACUGGAACGGUUAAAGUCUGGACGCUGAUUGGAAACGAGAAUAAAUAUUCGGAACCGAUCUACGAGAAUGAGUCAAAGCAAAUUCGAUGCUUAAAUGCAAUCAGUUUGAACUGUUGCUCUCAGAAUCAGCGUACAGUUUUGAUUGUUUGUGCAAAAUAUUGGCAGAUUUAUGAUGCUGGCGACUUCACUGUGCUUUGCAGUGUUAUAUCCCCAUCUGGUGAACGUUGGCUGGGUGGAGAUUUUCUGGCAAACGAUCGUGUUAUUCUUUGGUCCGAUGAGGGAAAAGGAUAUUUGUAUCGAUUGCCAGCGAAACAUUGGGAUGGUGGUCCACCUAGAUAUCAAAAUGCUCCGAUGGCUCCGCCAGCAUCCGAAUACGAACGACCGCCACCGUAUUACUUCCCCGGCGCUCCAUCUGAACAAGAAUGAAAUGGAAAAUGUUUGUUUGAUUUACUGAUUUUCUCUUCAAUUUUCCUUCGUAAAUUUAGAAUUAUGAAAUUAUUCCAUUCAAUCUAGACGAUUGAACAGUGGCAUUUAUUAAGAAUAAUUUAAAUCGAAGAAGAGAAAGUAAAAUGCGAGAGAAAUAUUUUCAGUUUUAAUUAUAUUAGGGAUAAAAUUAUGAAAAAGGAAUGAAAAAAAAAAGAUUUUAAUCGCCCAUUCGUCCAUCAGUGACAACUAAAAACACAUUUUUUUCAUUUGUUAAAUUUUUUUUUAUAUAUUCACACAAACAAAAAAAAAGAAACAAAAAUAUUUUUGAAGAUAAGGCUGAAUUUAGUAAAAAAAAAUGUUGGAAAAAUAAAAAAAAAAUAUUUUUUACAAUUAACAACUAAUUUAAUGGGAAAUAAAACAAUGAAUUGUUCAACAAAAUGAUAAAUAAAAUGUCUUUAUGUGCAUUAUUGUUAGCGAAAGAAGAAAAUACAGAGAGAAUUCUCCACGAAAAAGCGGUAAUUUUUGUUGGGCAAUAAAUUUUGUACAUCAUACAAUGAAACGCUACGAAAAAAUUAAAAUUUUGAUUCAAUCUAAAUGUGAUUCUUAUUUGCCACGGAAAAAUGUUACACAAAACACGAAGUGUGAGUUAGUAAUACGAAAUUAUUAUAUUAGGACAGAAUAAUACACUUAUACAAUGUUCUGCCUUUAACGUCGACUCAAAUUUACUUCAAAUUCGCUGUAACGCAGGUACUGCGGAUCAGCUGCAAUGGUACAUACACUUCCCAUAUAUCUCAAAACAAGCCAAUUGCAUAAUAGGUGUCAGUGUCCAGUGUUACCAUUUUUAAUGUGGCUAAAAAUCAAUAGAUGUUGGCCUGAAGUUGAAUUUAUCUUAAUUUCUAUUAUUUGAGAAUCGACCUGCUUUUGAGCCUAAAUAUUCUUUAACCCAGAAAAUAUGUGUCUACACUAACUUCAUCAGCACCCAGUAGCAGUAGUUCAGGACAUUCCCACUUCAAUAUUUUCUUUUUCCUGCCUGCAUCAUGACAAUAUAAUCAGUAAUUCUUAUUAACUUUAUAUGCUUACUAACGAAACGUAUGUCUACGACCUUCAAAUUGCUGAUGUCCACUGAAGUUCAGACAUCAUGUGAAUAGUUAAAUGCAGAAAGAGGACAUGUACCAUUAGCGAAUCAUAAGAAAAAUGAAAUUUCAUUUGUUUUGCUUCAUUCUGAAUAGUCUGACGAUGUUAAUCGAAGUUUUUGAUGGUUUCAAAGAAAAAACCACCGUCGGACCAUUCGAAACAAAGCAAAACGAAUAAAAUUUCAUUUUUCUUAUAAUUCUCUAAUGAGACAUGUGUCCUUUGUGCAUUUAACUAUUCAUAUAAGGACUCACUUAAUGUCUUUAUUACCUCACGUUUUGUGUUUUGGACAUUCCGUUUAUUUUUAAAUUAAGUAAAAUUUGAAUUCGUAAUCGAAGCAAAAGAUAGAAAUUUUUUAAAAGAAAUUUAUUUUUGGUUAUAAUUUAGUGAAAAUUCUGUUUCUUUAUUUCAUAUUACCAUAAGUGCGUCGUCCAAUUCAAAAUUGCAACGUCACUAAAGGAGUCAUUUUAACGUAUAUUAUCGUUGAGAACAAAAUAUGGUUUCAGCGUUAAGUUGACCCCUGUUGUUCGUUGAAUCGGUUUGAAAUUUUUGGCGAACUUACGGCGGUAAUUCGUUUUUCUUAUGUGUUUUUUUAUAACGAAAUUGUGUUACAAAUGAGAAAGAGAUUAUGAUAUUUUUGUAACAGUUGGUAUCAAAAGUCAGUCUCAUACAUCUGUCAAAGUGGCGUUUUAAACGUCAAACCGAAAUCAAUAUGCGAAUUGGUCGCAUAAUCUUUUAAUGUUCCUCAUUCCAUUAAUAAAAUAGAAUCGAAGAACAAUCAAAUGUUUCAUGACCACUUCAAUAUUUAGUUUGACGUUUAAAACGUCACUUUGACAGAUGGAUAAGACCGAGUUUUGUACCCAACUGUCACAUUUAACCUUUCAGAAACGGUUUAAUCAUGAAUGUUUUCGACAGCAACGAUAAAAUUAAACAAUGAUCUCCGGUAAAUGUAGCUUUGGUGCAGUGUAUUUUUUUAAACAAUUGAGGUAAAAAGAUCAUAACAUCAAACAUUUUUCGGUGAUAAAUUGAAAAGCCGUAUAGCGAAACGUUUUGCCGUCUCUGGAAGGUUAGUUAUGAGAUUCAUUUUAAGAUAAAAAGUAAUAGAAGAUAUAAGGAGAAGUCUAACGAAGGAAAUGCGCGUUAUUACACUUUGAUCUUUUUUCGGACUGAACAAGCGAAUUAAACGCGAAACAUAUAAAUGUCUAAUUUUCAAUGUAAAAUAAAAAGAAAAAAAAAUGUGUCACUAGGUAAGGCAUAUUUUGACUAUACACCAUACGAACAAACAAAAUCAAAAGAAAAGAAAAAUUCAUUCAUUUACCACUAGUCGACUAAUAAUUCAUUCCCGUUGUUUGUCGAUGUUUCGUUUGACCAUAUUUUUAUGUCAAUUUUUUUUUUUUACAGACAAAUAAAAAAGUCGCGUCCGAGCAACGUAUCAAAUUUUCGAUCAAUUUUUCCGAAACACUAGCGAGGAAAUGAGUUUUAAUUUAUUUUAACCGAAAUCGAUUUCAAAAACAUUAUUUUUACUCUAUUUUAUUCAAAAAUUUUCCAUAUUGAGAUAAACAACGCUAACCCAGUGCAUAGUGACGCAAUAUUAUAUGUUCGUUUGGAAUGUAUUUUUACAUUUAUUGCCCUAAUAAGUUUAAUUAUUACGGCAUUGCAGGUCUUCUAUAGCGUUUUUGGACGCACAAAUUAUACAUCACUAGCACUUAGUAAUAAAUCAAACGGGCUUCCAGGCCUCUGGUAGACAAAUAAUGUUCGGAUUCGAGGUUUAAUUUUUCUAAAACAAUAGAGAUCACUUUUACAGCUCGGUUUUUUCUUUGUUAAUAAGAAUUGAGGAUUAGGUAUUAUUCAAUUCAAUAGUCAUCGAUGGAGCUCCUUUUUUCGAAUGAUGUUAAGAGUGGAGUGUGAUUGUUCUUUUUCACUGAUCAUUUGAAGCCGACAAUGAACUUUUUAAAUGAAAUUGUAAUUAUUGUCGCCGUCUACAUUUAACGUAAAUGGAUCACUUAAAACUAAAAAUAUCUAGCUGUAACAUCUCUCAAAUAAUUGAUAAAAAUAAUAUAAAAUAUGG